AUGGCCAUCAGGAAGAUGACGCUGCCAACCCGGUUUAGGGAGAUCAUGAAGAUGUUUAGGCGACAGGGCACAUUCACCGAAGAUCCAGUCCUUCCCUUUGAUAAAAUAAUGGGCUCGAAAAGAGAUGAAAGCAGAACCUACUUCAACUUCAUCAUCACAGCUGGUGGGUGGAGUAAAAGACACCAACAAAUAGUACUUUACAUGCUCCCAAAUCGUCGAUGGGAACUAGAAGAGCAAGUGGACAGGAAGAUUGCAGGCAGUUGCAAGGCUAAUAACGUUGUCAUAGCCGGCACUGACGCCCAGCAAUGUGUUCUGGAUGAAACCGACCUCUCGUCCCACACCACACUUGUCAUUUGUGUCAUCUUCAUCCUGGGAUUUGUUGGAAAUGCAAUCGCUCUGUGGAUCUUCCUCUUUCAUCUUAAACACUGGAAACCAAACACAGUGUACUUUCUGAACCUAGCAAUCGCUGACAUGCUUCUAAUCAUCUGCAUACCCUUUCGAAUUAGUUAUAUGGUUCACGAAAACAAAUGGAUUAAUGGUGAUGUUCUUUGUCGCCUGAACCUACUCCUGAUUUCCUUUAAUCGGACUAGCAGCAUCUUCUUCCUGGUGGUUACAGCCAUCGAUCGCUAUUUGAAGGUGAUCCACCGUCUCCGCAAGCGUAACACGGUACCUGCAAGGUGCGCAGUGAAGAUUGCAGUCGCUCUGUGGUUUAUGGCAGUGGCAAUUUGGUUGCACUUGGUGACAGGACGACAUGACUUCAAGCAUAACAAUGUGACGCUCUGCGAGUCAUUCAAGAUAAACAGCCCUCAAAAUGGCACAAGUAUUUGGAUAUCUAGUGUCUACAUGUUAUUUUUCUUUAUUUUUACAGCUUUGGUUAUUCUGUUCUGUGUCUCCUGCAUCACCUUGAAGAUGGUGACAACUGUGGCGGCAAUUUUAAUCAUUUGCUUCAUGCCCACCAAUAUUGGUUUUGUUGUGGUUGUAAUCACAAAGCUAAGAAGUGCCCGACAAUGCAAUUCAUUUAACACAGCAAGGCAUUUCUUUUAUAACACUUUGUUUCUGACAUACCUGAACUGUAUGAUCAAUCCCGUUGUUUAUUAUUUUUUGAAUUUGUCAUUUAACAACGCCUUGAUGAAAGCUCUCCUUCGUCUGAAAUUAAAGUCUGGCAGACCAGUCACAAGUCAAGAAACUGAACAAGAGGGCUCGAUGGAUGGGCAGACUGCAGCUCGACAAACGAUCUCUGAAACUCCGCUCUGAUCACGUAUGCUGACUGAACCAGAUGCUUAUUUUAUUAGGUAGUGAAGGCAAAGUUUGUGCAUGAGUGUAAAACUGAAAUUGUGCAAAUGUUAAAUAUUUUGUCAAGCGGUCAUUUGAUUUGAGUAAAUAAUUUCUGAUAUAAAGUGUAAUAAAUUGCAGUUUCCUGG